GGGACCAUCGCUCGGGGCCACUGCGAGAGAAAGACUAGGAGCACCAAGUCGCUCUCCCUCAAUCUCCCACGCUUCUGUCCCUCCUUCCACCCCCAUGGCGGCGCGUCACCUCGUUCGGCGGCGGCCCCGCAACCUAACCACCUACAGAUUCUACAAAGAACUCACAGGCCACCAGUCCGACAUGAUGUUUAUGGUUCCAGAAGAAGGCCUGAAUAAGAUGCCUUAUGGCAAAAUUCUAAGGGCAUUACGGAUUUUAGAAGCAGCCCUUCAGAGGAAUGAGGUGCCUCGGGUCACCAUUAUGGCCCACCUUAAGGUGCUGAUGGACCAACUGCAUGCUGGGCAGGACCCUUUGGGGGAAACCUCAGACACUUCAGAGGUGACCACCAUCAUCCAGAAGCACGGGGGUGUCCAGACUCUUUUAUCUCUGCUGAUGGUGAAAGACCUUGGGGGCCGAUGUUGCUUCCUGGAGACCUGUCAGCAUAACCUUAAUGUGGGCAGCCUGCAUGCAGUGACCCUCGACAUCCUCAGGAAGCUCAGCCUGGAGUUACAUUCAGGGGCACGACUAAGUGAGAGUGAUGAGGUUCUCCAGAUCCUGUUCUCCUUAAUGCUAGAUGAAGAGACUUACACCAAGGCCAUUGCCCUCGUGGAGCAUCUCCUCAUCUUCCGCAAGUCAACACUGCAGCUGAACACCAUCCCCGGCUUGGACCGCCUUAUUGCCAAGCUGGACGGGCAGUACCUGGCCAACUUCUGCAGCAUUCUGGCAGUCACCAUAUCAGAUCUGGAUGUGUACGAGAACAAAACUUUGUUAUAUGAGCAGAGCAAGCUGCGAAGCAACAUAAAGUCCCUGUCUCCCCUGCGAGACAUCAACCAAGAAUUCAUCCUGAGAAUCCCUCAUUUCCUCUCCCGUUUGGUAGACUUUGCCACCAAGCUGCCAUAUGAACCAAGGUAUUCUGGGCUCACAAUGGAGGUGGAGCACUGGAUGCGUCUCAUUGAAGACUCCAUGCGUGAAGUGCUGAGAGCCCACCAGAACCAACAACCUUCAUCUUCUGGCUCACCUAGUGCAACUCCACAAACUAAUCCUAGACAUCUUAUGGAUCUGAUGAAUCGAAUACAGCCCCAGACCAUCGCCAACCAGAUAGAUUCUCUGACGGGUCCCAUGCUGCAGCGUGUGGAGAGUGUCUAUGUACUAGGUCUGCUGCUGCUCGGUAAACAGCGCAAGGAGGUGCAAGUACAGCUGGCUAGACUUAGGCUUAUUCCUCGUCUCUCAUCUCUCUUUGACCUCUUCAUCUGGAAGUGUGAAACGUAUCAGGAAAGGAUAAGAGUUCCAGGUCACCUAAGCUCCUGUGAAUGCAGUCCUGAAGUUGCCCUCAAGAUACAGUUCCUCAGACUAGUGCAUAGUUUCUGUGAUCAGUCAGACUACAGAUACCUGAUGCUCACUCCCAAGGAGUUCAGUGAAGUGCGCAAGAUCCACAUCCACUAUGGUCGUGAGGACAACUUCUCCCUACACCCCAGCCCUUCCCCAUCUCAGUCUCCUACCACAGUAUCCCCUGAAAGUUCCAAUGGCAAUGAACCUGCCAAAUCCAACCUGCCCUGCAAUGACAACAGCCAGCCUGAAAGAACAGAGGAAUGGGCAGCAACUAACAUUGCCAGUCAGGCCAGGCCUCUAGUGGAGUAUCCUGCUGAGCAGAUGUGUAGUGGCUCCAAAGGAUUGCUGCUCAAGAUUGUAGAAGCCCUCAAGAAGGAAACAACUGGAUCAACAUUCAGGUUUUGGUUUUCAAGAGCCAUUGAGAGCUACUUACGCAGCCCCAACCCGUAUGCUGACCAAGUAUUUUUGUUGAGACGUGGACUGCUAAAGCACCUUGCUGGGUCUUUGCUACAAUGUGAUCCUGGACCCAACCAGAAGGAGGUGCUUCAGUCUACCUUUGACCUUCUUGGAGAGCUGCUGAAGUUCAAUGACAAGGCAUACAAGAGACUGGACUCACUCAUUGCAGCAGAAUUUAAGGAAAAGCAGCUGUUCUCGUUGGUGACCAAGAAUCUUGUGGACUCCAACAUGCUGGUGCGUUCACUAGUCCUCUCCCAUGACUAUUUUGUAAGAGUUCAAGGUGCAGAAGCCUUUGUGGCUAAAUCUCGUACCCUUCACCACGUGUCCACCUUCAGGCAGCGGCUCAGCUUUCUGGUACAACUCAUCAAAACAAUCAGUGUUGACACUUUGACACAGGAAAAUGUGAGUUGCUUGAACACAUCACUAGUUAUCCUGAUGUUGGCUCACAAACAUUCGGAACUCCCUCUGUACCUGGAGGCCCUGCGCACUCACGUGGAGCCACAUCUUCUCACCAACCUGCGGUCCCUCCUCCGUUUCUGGCAGACACAUUACCUCCACAACAAGGACAAGGAUUGUAACACACUGCAACGGAGUUCGGGUAUUUCUUUUGACUUUUGGCGUGAGACUGUUGCAACCCUGGUGGCAGAGAAGAAGCUCUCUCCUGACUGUAUCUACCACUACCUCUCGCCUGAGGAUCUCACUCUCUCCCGCACCAGCUAGUGUGUGGCCUCACCCAGUCCUCAUCCCCAUCCCAGUACUCAGAGGCUGGUUCCCAUGGUGGCAGGUGAGGAGGGUGACAGUGAUAGUGAUGGAUGAGUCUUGUUCAUUGUGAAUGUUAAAUUUUACUAAGCACUCUGACAUGAAUGGUAAGUGGAGAUGUCUAGUUGAAAGCCUGACAAAAAGGAGACAGUAAGUAGGAUGGUGAUGAUGGUCAGUUCCAGACGAGAUACAGUACAAACAGGCUCUGGGACUACUAUUUAGGCUAGACAAGAGUUGCAGCAUUGAUUGACACAAAACUUGUAACCAUAAGGGAAGAAAAUUUACCUACUAAUUUUUCCGGGUGAAAAGAAGUUGUGAUUUUGUAAAUAUGUAAUGCAAUGCCAAUACAGCCACCACAGUUUGGUUGUAUUUCACCUAAUAUGAGUUUGUAUGAGAUAGUUCACUACACGGAAGGGAAUCACUAUGUACUUGUGUUAUAUUGUGGGAUGUUUGCAAAAAUAGAAAUACCUUACUAACAUUUACUGACAAAGUCAUCAGGCAUUAUAAAUUAUUGUUUUGUUAAUUUUAACAAACAGCUUCAUUGAACUAAAAGAUGUCUGUCUUGGAAUAGAAGUGCAACCUAAUAUAUAUAAAAAAAUUUUGUGUGAUGUUUUACAAGAGGUUAGAAACCCUGGGUUUUAAUACAUACCUUGGAUUGUUAUUGUCAUAGGUUUUAUUUAAGCUCAUAUAUUUAGCCUUAAGUGAGAGUUUAUUUCCCUGCUAUCUAUUAAAGAAAAUUACUUUUACAGUUAUAAUAUGUGUAUUUUGUUGUUUAGAGUAUAUUGAGACAAUCUAGAUGCCACAUAAUCUAAUUAUAUUUUUGUUGAUAUGUCUUAUAGUGUUUCUCUUUGUUGAACAAGCACAAACAUCACUAAUAAGAUAACCCUGAAUUUAUUAGGUGCCCAAUGCACUGUGGACCACAAAUAUUGAACCUGAGAUAAUACAGGACACAAGAAAAGAGUUUGUUUAUUUGACUAGGUCCAUGUUUUUUCCUGACAGAAGAAAGAACAAACCUCAAACUUGAGACUUGAAGUGUCUUUUGGACAUCUGUGAUUGUGGGCAUUGAGCACAGGAGUAGUAGUUAGUGGGACAUCAUGUGAUGUACACAGACAUGUACCCAAGCUCUCUUCUUGUAACUUGUGACAGAAAAUAUUAAAAUUCCCUGCAGUUAAUUUGUAGUAAGGUCAAUGUAUUAGUGGCUUUAAAUCGAUCUGGUAAAGGUGGUGUUGGCAAGAUGAGAGACUACACAUUAUCAUAAGUUCUUCCAAGCAUCUUCCACACACACUGCACAAGACACCUCAAGCUUGUUUGAUGAUCCAUUUGAAAAGAUAGUAUUCUCUUACAUGUUUGUAUAUAAUGAGGAACCAUCAUCCUGUUUUAAGGAUGCUUUUACCAUUUGUUGUCUCUCAACUCCACUGCCUAAUUGGUAUGAGGUUUUCAAGUAGUCUUAGUUGAGUAAUGCUAAGCUACCCUUCCCCAGGCUGCUUUGUGGGUGCCUGAGGAUUUGCUUCAAUGUGAUAUACAGUGUUGAUGUCUGUAAAGACUGGCAAGUAUUGGUUUAGUUAUAGUGAUUCUGUUUGUGCUCAAUUAUACGCUACAAAUUUAUUUUGUGUAGUUCAGUGAUGCUGCCACUAUUACUACUUUGGUGCUCUCCAGUUCUUUGUGAGUGCAUGUGUGUGUAUGCACAUGGGUGCUUAUGUGUGCAUGACUGUAGGUGAAAAUCCCUGACAAGAGGGUGAACCAAAGCCAAGGCUGUACACUUGAACACAACCUCAUGCCUGCCAUUUAUAGCUGAAUAUUAGAAAGCCGAAAGCCGUUGGAUCGCCUAACUGAUAGAGAUCUCUCGUAGGCAUGAACUUUGCCAUCUGUAAUAUUUGUUUCCUUCUUGUUGGAAUUUGCACAUGCCUCAUCAAGUUUUAGUCCAUGAUGUACUUGCACAUGAUGUGUACAAGUUACUAUGUGUUAUCAGUCAUGUACAUUUUCUACUUCUUUUGAUUUGUGUAGGCUUAAAAUGUAUUUUUGCUUACAAGUCAUUUGUGGGAAAGUAGUUUGCUUAUUUUCCCAUUAUAUGAUUGGGUGAUGAUCUCAUUAUUCACCAUUUGGCUGAGAAAUUUCUAACAACAUUUAUCAUUAUGAUCAAUGCACUCUACGGUGUAUAUGAUGUUAUUGAGAACCAUGAUAUUUUUUUUUUCAUAUCAGUAAUAGUUUUCAAUGGAAGAGGAUUUUUUUGGAGGAGGAACUUUGCUUUGGAUGAGAUGCCUGCUUCAGGAUCAGUCUAUCAGUCUUAUUGACUGGCUACAUACUUAGAAGUUGCUGGAGAGAGAGAGAGAGAGAGAGAGAGAGAGUGAGAGUGCUCUGUCUGACCAAGAUAGAUGCAUUUUGCAUAAAAUCUCUUUAUAUAAAAAGCUCUUAUGAUUUGCUAUGGACAUCUUUUCAAACACUUAAUCUGACUUGCUUUGUGAUUUCAAUGGAUAUUUCAUUUUGAUUACAAAUAGAUCAAGAUUGAAUGCUAAUGAAAGCAGUACUCACUGGCUACACCUUACAGUUACAGAUGGAUCCAAGUCCAUAAGUCUGAUCCAAAAGUAGUGAGAGAUACCUAUAUAAAGUGAUGUCAUGGAUAUCUAUACAAGUAGCCUGAUAGUAACACCUGGCAACUUACUUAGCCUCAUAAUGCUUAAUGUUAAUGAGAAAUAUUAUUUACGUCCAGUUUCUGAAUGUUCAAGGAGAAUGGAGAGAACAUAUCAUGGCAAGAGAACUUCAUAAAUUAGGGGUCAAAGUUGGAGAAAUUUUGACUACAGUUAAAAAGUAGACAUGAAGACACUUUAUAUAAUAAUGCUUAAUAAAUAGCAAAUGGACAAUAUUACUAAUGAAAUGACCACCUCUGAAUUGCAAAAGGGGGCAGAGUAGACAGAAAACUAGAUGAAGAGAUACAGUCAGAGAUUUUGCAAAAUUGGCUAUAACUGAUAGACCACAAACAGAAAGUAGAAGGUUGAUGGAAGCUCCUGUCUUGUAGUGUACUCUUACAAGAUGGUGAUGAUAAUCACUACACUUGUUUUGUUUGGAAAUCAAAAUACAACUUUAAAAGAUGGUUACACAACUAUAUAUAUAUAUAUAUAUAUAUAUAUAUAUAUAUAUAUAUAUAUAUAUAUAUAUAUAUAUAUAUAUAUAUAUAUAUAUGCUUCCAUCUUUCUGCAUCUCCUUCUAAUACUUCUGAACUUUUGUCCCACAAUGAAGAAUACAGAUGUGAGUGACAUGAUAGCUAGUCUUGUGCCACUUAUGUUGAUAGCAGUUUUGUAUGGUGUCAGUUACUUGAAUGUUCUGUUAGUGGUGCCUUUGGCUUUUAUUCACCCUCAUGUUAGGGACUCUUAUGGAGAAGUAUAUUUACAUACUUAUAAUUAUGAGUGGAUACCAGGGAUGGAGUGAAUACAAGAGUAAUGUAUCAGAUAUGAAUGCCAAUACUGAAAAUUACCAGUUACCAAUACACUGAAACACUGUUAAUUUGAAUACUAAUACUUCAUUAAAUUAUUUGCAAAUACAUUGUUUUUUCUUGAAAAUAACUUUUGAUGCAAAUCAACAAAACACAAUGCUAAAGCUAUUUAAUGGUGAAAUUUUGAAGAGUGAUAUACAACUGGUGAUAGGUAUAGAGAAGGAUAAGGGAGACAACACAAAUUGUAAUACAAGUUCAAUACAGCUAUUUUAUAGCAAAAUUGAAAAGUCAAAUUACCUAUAUAUACAUUACAACAUUAAAGGAUUCUAAGCUCUUUGACUAGGGCAAUGGAAAAUAUGUGGGGUUUUUAAGAGAACUUGGUGAUUGUGAUUAGACAUAUCUUAAGAAGCUGACUUUUUUCAUCCCUAAUAAUGAAAUAUAUUUUUAAAUAUUUACAAGCUGCCUUGAAGGUGCCAGUUCUCUCAUUUGGGAGCUCAAAAAAGCCUUUACACCACUGGUGAUAAUUUGGAUGUCAUUUUAGAGUUAAAAUUAUAAAAUAUAAAGAAAUAAGACAUGUUAUCUGUCCAUACACAAUUCGGGCACAAUUGACUUUUUACACGUUAUCAUUUCUUCCAUUUUAAUAAUGUAAUUAUUUAGGCAGUAACAUAGAAAAAUUUUAUCAGGCAACAUGGUCAUGGAUGUAAUUAUCUGCUUGAAGGCAAGAUCACAAAUUUUGGGGUCUAAAUUCUGGCUCACAGUUCUAUAAACUUAGAUGUUCUGGGCUGUCAUGUGGGUGGCAAACUACAACAAGUAUUAGUAGCACCAUUAGUUUAAUCAGAAUAUCAAACCAAAACUGGCAAUGCAUGCUUGCCAUUCAUGCAAACACUGAAAUUUUAAUAAUUUAAUUGGUAUAACAAACUAAAACUCGCAAGACUAACUCACCAACUGUGCAAGAUGCUGCUCAUCUAUCUGCCGCCUGUCCCUUCCUCCCUUUUUUACUUUCCUCUCCCUUCUUUCCUCUUGCCUCAAACCUCCCUCCCCAUCACUUCCUCUCCCCCUUAUCUGUCAGAGAUAAGGGACAAGGGAUUGAUACUGCACUCUCUCUCUCUCUCUCUCUCUCUCUCUCUCUCUCUCUCUCUCUCUCUCUCUCUCUCUCUCUCUCUCUCUCUCUCUCUCUCUCUCUCUCUCUCUCUCUCUCUCUCCCUGAUUCAUUUUAUGUAAUUUUUGCUUCAUCCUUUCCCACUCUUUCUCACUCUUGUAUACUUAAUUCCAUUUUCAUUCUCAAUCAGUCUCAUGCUAUUUAGCAAUCCUUAGUUCUUACUUUAGUUCUUAGUUCUUACUUUCAGAAAGAGAGAGAGGUGAAAUAGUUCUGAAAAGGUCAAAAGGAGAAGGAAGAGAGAGAGAGAGAGAGAGGGGGGGGUUACUGUACAUAUACACGUGACAUCAAGAGUAGGUAAAUGUGACCAAUACUUGUCAAAGCAGUGUGAAACUCGGGAUAAUAAUGUGUGGAAAUUGGUAUAGUAAGAAUUUAUGACUAGGCAUGAAAUUUGGGAUGGUACUUUCUAUAUUUGUUAUUUCAAAUAUAGUAGUGCAAAUGUGCUUAUUUUGAUGUAUUUUUUUUUAUUUGUGUAAUUUUUUAUAUUAUUUUCUGGUUCCCUGGAACCAAUUCAUUUUUUCUCAUAGGCUCUUCAUUCGCCAUAAUGCACAUUUGCCAUAAUGAAUGCUACAUUGGAGUGAAUCAUGUUCAUUGUCACAUACCCUACUGUAUAUAUAUAUAUAUAUAUAUAUAUAUAUAUAUAUAUAUAUAUAUAUAUAUAUAUAUAUAUAUAUAUAUAUAUAUAUAUAUAUAUAUAUAUAAGGAAGUAAGAACAUGUGAAGCAGUUUUACAGGAAAAGCAUCAAGUCUGCUUGUCUUGUACUGAGUGUACUAAUCCCGCACUUGUCCUGCAGCAAAUCAGGCACCAGUGAAUCAUUGCCAUUUCUUACAAGAAAAAUAUUCAAAAGCAUGAAAAAAGAGUAAGGUCUUUUUGUUGAUAAUAACAAUAAGUGCAAUUAUGAAGUUAAAUGACCUUAAUUGUUUUUAAUGUAAAUUAAAUUAGUUACUUUAACAUUACAGAUCUGAUUAAAGUGUUAGUCCUACUUAUGAUUUUUGUGUGGAAAACUCAUCUUGGGUAAUGCAUAUUAAACUAUGGUUUCAUUUAACACUGGCCAAGUUUAAUACAAGAAAAAGGCCUCUUAAGACUGAAACAAAUAACCAGUUCAAAUAAACAAGGAUUAAUGAAAAAAAAAUAAAAAUAAAAGAAUGAACUUCAGAAAAUCUUAUUUAUUUAUUUAUUUAUUUAUUUAUUUAUUUAUUUUUAUUUAUUUAUUUAUUUUUUUAAAUCAUGAUUUUUUUCCUGCCCUGCUUUUGAACCUGGUAACUGAGGAAUUAAAAAUGCUCUAUCCAUUUCCCUAUUUUAAAAGAAGUACAAAGUUCUCAGGGAAAGUUCCCAGCCCUUUCACCUCACCCCUUUAUACAGUAGUGUCUCAGAUUAUGUUUAAAAUACAUAAAUUUCAAGCAAAAUUUAUCACACAUUUAUUUAAUAGAUUAUUUGUAAUAUAAUUAAAACUCGAAAUAGCAAGCACUGAAAACUUUAUUGACUUUGAAUUUUUUCAAAGCUUUGACUUAUUGUUUAAUUACAUGAACUUAAUGUUACUCUAACUCACACCCUCAAUCCCCUACAGAAACCCAUAACUUAAUAUAUUCACCUUUUACUUCAUGUAAGGAAUAUAGAGAUAUAUUUCCAUGCUUCAGUCCCAAAAUGAGGAGUAAACAAUACUGGUACAAAUACAUUCAUCACACAUAAAGAUGCACAUAUCACACUACAAUUUUCAACAUUUGCCUCUCCACUGCUAGUUGUACAACCAAACUCUAACUGAAAUGGUUGGUUUAUCAACUUCUUUAAGUCUUAAAGUUUUAGAUCCUAGCCAUCAGCAAUCUUUUACCUUCUUAUAAAUCAUUUUAUUAAUUCACCAUCAUCAUCCUUUCUUCCGACAUCUUCAAAGGCUGUGUUCAUGGAGGAUGACUUUAAUUUAUCAUCCUCUUUUGGUGGCAUUCUAGUUCUCUUGGAGCAUAAUUGACAUUCAUAACACUUGAUAGAUUAUUCUGCCCAGGUUUUUACACUCCAGCAUCUUAUCACUCCUUUACAGGUCUUAAUCUCAAGCUAUUAGCAUUUCUUUUAUAAAAUACAAAUUCUUUGGUCAUCUAUAAGCAGCAACUUAGUUUCUUUUUACUAUCUACAUUUGUUCAUAUGAGGUACAAUCAAAGUUUUUAGACUCCCUAUAUGAAAAGCAGGUGCUGUAUCAGAUCUAAAAUUUUACCCAUCAUCCCUUUCAGUAUAUUCAUCAUGUUGAGUGAAUUACUGUUCCUUGCACUUCUGCCAUUAUUGAAAUGUUCCUUGUUCUUUGACUGUUUAAAGCACUUUCUACAAACAGGAAGGUAAUGAGUGAUGACUGAGUUUUCACAAUUGUUCUCAAUGCAUUGCAAGGUUCGUUAUCAUGAUGUGUUAUCAGACACUUUACCAGAAACUUGACAGCAGCACAGAGCAUAUUCAAAUUAAGCAUGAGGAUUGUAUGAGCUGUUCCAUUUGAUACUGCUAUGUCAGCAACAUUUUUGGUGAUCCCAUGAUUAUGUCAAGCCUUUUUUCCAACAUCUUCAAAUGCUGUGUUCAUGGAGGAUGACUUUAAUUUACCAUCCUCUUUCAGUGGCUUUCUAGUCCUCUUGGAGCAUGAGUGACAUUCAUAACAUCACAUCCAAAAUCACUGGUUUCAUUGCUGUAGGCAUGUUACAUAAUUUUGAGGGUUUCUGUUUGUGAAUUCUUUAAUUUUUCAAAUAAUUUGGUGUUUGUUCUCUGUUCAAAUUUGAGAUCCACAGUGACAUUGCAAAUGUAACACAGGUCUUAAUAAUGAUAGUGACACACCACUUGGUAUGUAGACAAACUAAGUUAAAAAUUGUGUUUCUUUGCUACAUGACAGUCUAGCUCCCUAAUCCAUAAUCCUGCCCCCUGCCUCUGCUUUGAGUGUUUAGGUCAAAAUACUGAGAAAGGGGAAGGAGGACAAUACACCAGCCCAAAGUACUAACUAGAUACAAGCUUUUUCUGAGCAUGCAAUAAAAGACUAAAAUCUGAAAUUGCUCCAGCACCAGUGUUGACAGUAUGACAGAUUGUAGCCAUUAUAUAAGUGCAAAUCAGAACUCCAGAUAAAUAGUCAAAUCAAUACUUGUAGUAUGAAACCUAGUUUAAAAAAUAUUGUUGGUCUAUAUCAGUGAUGUAAUUCUACAAGCUACUAAAUAUUUGCAAGUAUUAAAGUUGUAGGAUGACAGGCAUGAAAAUAUGAAAAUUCCUACAGUUCCUGCCAGGGGCCUGAUUUUGGGGAAAGCCUAUCAAGAGGCACAUUUUGAUGGCCAAGCCAUACCUAUAUUAAACAGAAUCCCCACAUGAUAUGUAGCAAGUGGCUUGGGGCAAGCACUGGAGUCAUGAGGUUGCCAGGCAUAAUAUUGCCUCUGUUUAACUGGCCUUUGCACCAUAUAUAUUUUUUUUUCUUUUACACUUUAUGCUACACAACCUUCCUUUCUUCUCAGAAGCAUUGGCUACUAUGUUUAUUGUAAUGCACUCAGUAACCUAUCAGCAUCAAUGAGCAUGCCUCCCAUCCAGUGAUUCUGUUAUGUAGGUAGGUGACAUUCAUGGGCAUGCCUGGCAGAAUUUACCUACCAACUGUGCUGUCCACCAGGCAUGCCUUUAGAAGUCUAAGAGAGACAAGAAUAUGUAGUUACAUAUGUAUUGUAAUUACUGAGGAAUCAAGUAUCAUUUCACUGCUAAUGACCUUACAACUUCAAGCUGAAGACCAGUGAUGACCUCCAUCAUGAGACAUGACUUGAGAAAUUGGUGUAGGCAACUUUCAAAUGCUCACAUACAUAUGUGAUAAAACAAAAGUAUGGUACUGUUGUAUCAUACUGUACAGGUUUACAUAUAUUUAUGAGAAAAUUACUACAUGCAUGCCUGUGCAUAUAUAUGCAUCUACACAGCUGUAUUAAUUUUUGUACGCAUGAUUGUGCUUAAACUUGCACACAUGCAUAUGUGCAUGUUGAUGUUUGGAUGUGUGUAGCUAUUCAUAUACAUAUUUGCAUAUAAAUUUUUACAUGACACAUUUCCACUGAUGUGUUUUAUGUAAGAUUCUCACCUUCUGUCGCCCCCCCCCUCUUUCUCUCUCUCUCUCUCUCUCUCUCUCUCUCUCUCUCUCUCUCUGUGUGUGUGUGUGUGUGUGUGUGUGUGUGUGUGUGUGUAAGUUAGCUGAAGUGAUCUAACCAUUCUCAGACACUGAACUAGUAAUGCUGGCAGAUUUUUUUUUUUUUUUUUUUUGUGUGUGUGUGGAAAAUUAGUACUAGAAGCACAAAGAAAGUAAGAGAAGAAAGUUUAAGAAAUAUGUUUAGAAUAAUUUGGUGCUGAUCCACAACCCUGUAUCCAAAAUCUGAAAAUGAUUUUUUUUUUUUUUCUUUUUUCCAUGGAUGUCAUCCACAUCCCAAAUCCUGCAUUCACCAAAGUGAUGACCAGAAGCUAAUGGUUCACUGUAUAAUUUUCACUGAAGGUAAAAAGUUUGUUAGCUCAGGGUUAGGAGGUGAUGCAUCUGAAACAGAUGAGGGAAUGGCUUUGGGCCAAUGUGAUAUUUUGCCACCACCACUGGUGUCUGCUAAAAAAAAAAAAAAAAAAAAAAAUCCAAAUGAUGAAAUGUUUUCUUCACUCUAAUGAAAAUAAAUUUUUCAUGAAAAUAAAAAUAUAUGUAUUGUCAUUUAAGAUGUCUGUUAUGCUCUAAACAAGUGACUAUUAUGAUAGACAGUGACAGUGACCACCACCACCACUGUUUGGUAAUUAGUUUGUAAGCAAGGAAAUGCUUACAAUGUGUAGUACCCAAUAAUAUUAAUAAUGUAAUAUACUGCAGAAUAAUAGACAAAAAUUUUUUUGUAAUCUUUUCAUUACCAAAAACAGUUUUUUGUCUAUUAUUCUGAAGUAUAUAUAAGAAAAAAAAAAAAUUAAGAUCCAAAAAAUAUCUGGUGCCAAGGAUAGGAUAAAGGGUUGUGAAUCUGUACAGGGACCCAGACACUCAUAUUUUCUUCUAUCUUCAUAAGCAUUCUUAUUGCUGAGGUAUAUAUUUUUUACUGAUAUAAACUUCAUUUAUGAUUGCAGUCAAGUAAAACAAAAAAGCAAGAUGUUCCACAACAAUAUACCAAGGAGUUUCAUUUUGCCAUAGCAUUUAAAGCAAGACAGUGGUAUGUGAUAGUACCAUCACUGGAGGAACAUGUUAAAACUAGAAAGCUAAAGUUUUGAUGCACUCAGAGGUGAAAUGCUGUAAAACCUGCUGUUGUAUUUAGGAUAUAUGAUGAAGAACUUGUCAGCUUUGAUAAAUGAAUGAAUACUUAUCAUAGAGAGCAUAUGUUGUACAUGGAAAAACUGAGUGCUUGGUGAGGAAAAACAUCCUGAUUAGGUAAUUUUCAAUAGGAACAAGAUGUGUUAUUAGUAUUCCAUUGUUGCUUAAAGAAUGAAUGUAAUAAAGCUAAGCGCGUGCGCACACACACACACACACACACACACACACACACACACACACACAUGUUAAAGACCAAAAGAACAAUAAAAUAAAAUAUACAUUUAAUUAUAUGUCAUGCCACAUCCACACAAGCAGGCAUGCCUGAUGCACAAACAUUAUUGUAUUUUCAUUGCACAAAUUUUACCUUUUCCAUGUGACUGAGCAAUGUUUAGUGAAUAUGAGGACUUUGCCUGUCAGUGAGCACAGGUAAAGCAUUGAUUUGCUCAAGCUCAUGGCUCAUACAGGGCACAGGCAAAGUUUGUAUACUUACCUGGUGAGGACAAUGCCUGCUUGUUAGGCACUGCCUGAUAACAUGAUAGGAUGUGUUCAUCUGGUUACACAGCUAAAAAGUGUGAUAUAUACACUCAGUGUUCACCAGGCAAUGCUUGAUCAUGUGAAUACGGUAAGGAUAAACAAAAAAGAAGAAUUAGAAAACAAAAAUGUGUAUCAACUAAUAAAACCAAAAUUGACUUAAAAGAAACCAGCCAAUAACAUUGUCACCAGGUAUGACACCCUCUAAACAUCAUGAAUUUCACCACACCAUGGUGCUUUGCUUCAGCAUCUACUUUGCUGCUUUCCAGCUGUGCCCACCCCAAGCAUAAUCAAUGAUGAGAGUAAGGAGUCAACACUUCGGUACUUUAAAACUUCCUACUAUCCUGACUACUUAGUCUCAUUCCUAUCAUCAUCUGACUCUACAGUAACAUAGUAACAAUGGCAUUCUUCUUGAUCCAUGGCUUCAUACCACAUUGGCAGAAUUACUUUGUCAGUCUGAUCCAGCCACAAUAAAGUUUAUGAAAUAGAUAACACCCAUUAUAUUGAUUAGUGCUAUGCAGUUGCUUGCACUGUGGAUGGAUAAAAAAAAAACUAGGUAAGAAUUUUGAAGGAAAGAUGUGAACUGUCCUCCAUUAUAACUAGCUUUCUUUAGCCCUGUCACCAGCACCACAAACCAAUGACAAAACUGGGAUGCAGUAGUAGCAGCAGUGUACCAGGUUUUAGCCUUACAAGCAAGGUGCAUUAUUUUUCAAAACUUUGAUUUGAAUUGAUCAUGGUAGCCAUUUCAUCCAUUUCUUUCCCAUAACAUGUACUUUACUUUCAUGAUGAUCAUGAUUAGUGUUUAGUUCUGCAAAGCUUGCCAAGAUCUGUCAAUAUAUUCUCUGAUAAAAAGCAUCUUCAUUGUUAUUCUUUUAUCUAUGGAUAGAAAAUAUUUUCUGCAUUAAAAUUAUAUUAUGUAACUUUUGUGCCCUAGAAAAAAAAAAUAGUAUGUGAAAGUACACACUUUACUUAUUUAUUUUAAUAAAAAAGCAACUGAUCACACAUUUCACAUCUAUUGGCAGUAAUGAGAAACUUGAGGAAGGGCAGCCAUAGUGGGUGUAAGUUUUGAAGUCUAGUUAUUACACUGGUUCCAUCACUGAUGCAAUUAUGUAUGUAAGGACAUCAUUUGCUUGCAUGCAUUUUUGUGUACACAUGUGCACUUUCUUGUAUAUCUGAAUUAUUUUAUGUUGGUCAUGAUUUUUACGAGGAAGUCUGGAAAGCAGGAAUGUGCAGUCCAGUUCCUUAACACAUCUGAGUGAAAAUUCCUACCUCAAAAUAAGUUAAUCAUAAUUGGACUAGUGGAAAUAAAUAUAUUCUUAGUGGUGUUCUGGAAAUAAACUUGUGUUUUGGCAGUGUUCAGCUCUAAAAUUAGUUUGGACUACAUACUUUUGUAUUCCAGAAAUCUUCUGCAAACCUUUGAAUAUAGUAAGUCACCAUUAAGGUCUGCCUGCACAAAUUUGUCCAUGGCCCUCACAGCUAAACAGCACAUUACAGAAAUUUCACUAGAAAAUGUCACCUAUAUUUACAAAUUGCACUACAAAUAUUCUUCACAAUGUAUCAUUGUACAGUUAGUGGCACCCAGUCACACUUUACAGACUUAAAUUAUAGUUAUUGCUGCAGUAGAGUCCCUGCAUUCAUGACCAUUUGGUUCUGUGGUUCCUCAUGUAUGGGUGAAAAUGUGAAUCCAAAUAGUUCAUGCAUUAUUUUAGAAAUGUAUGUAAGUAUAAUGGGAAAUGUAUUUUGGUAAGAAAGAUAUUUGUACAAUAGAAAGAUGGAUUUGCUGCCAGUCCAGUCAUAGGGUAGCAUGUUUUUUUUUUUUUUUUUUUUUUUUCUGAACUUUUUUUUUUUUUAUAUAUAUAUACAAAUGGUGCAGACAAUUCCUACUCUUCUGUCAGAGAAGAAGACUUGGACAGAGUCUGACACACAGGAUAGGGAAGAUGGAGGUUAUCUGGUGCUGGACCAGCAGGAGAGUCAGGAAUGGUUUCUGUGUGUUUUCUUUUCACUAGAGCCAAGAAAAAUACUUGCAUAACGUACACAUUCACUUUUGAAGAAAGUGUUGUGAUUGUUGUUUGCUUAGUGUACAAAACAUAGGAACAUGAUACUACAGUUUUUUUUUUUUUUUUUUUUUUUUUUUUUUUACAACACAGUGGAUUCAUUAACGUUAAAUUCUCAGCCAUCACCAUUCACAUUCUUCAACACCAAUCUUUCUAGCACUUGCACUUUUCCUCUAAUGUCAGUACUUUCUUCUCAGGCUUAGGUCCCUAAUCAAUCUUUUCCAUGCACAGACAGUGUAAGAGGUUUAGUUGAUAUCUUGGGAAGCAUCAGCCUGAUGGCUGGAGGCAAAUUGGUAACCUGUGGCUUAGCCAUUAGGUGAGAAGUGGCAGAAUUAUGCACAUGCACAAUUCAGAUGUGAAGACCUUGUGCUUCUUCAUAUUUUGCAGGAAAAUUAUUAAUUUUACCAAAAAUAUGUUUAGUUGAAGUUCACAGGUGUUGAAUUUAUGUACGCAGGGGCUCUGACUUUAUUAUUUACCUUAAUGGAGAUUUUUCAGAUCAGAUAAUAAGAGAUGAUCACUAUGAAGCAUCACAUAUGAGGGAGGAAAAAUGUAGUUGAUGCUGUGCAUAAAUCUCCAUUACACACAUGCCAGGUGCUAAGGACAAGUUUAUGUAGAAUUUAUUGGUAAUUAUUUAUUCCACCAGUAAUGAACAAUAAACAUAAUGAGAUAAUGCAAUUGAAAAAUACCAAGAGUUUAGUUAGUAUUAGGAGAAAGGAAAAAACUUUAAUGGUGCUGGACUUUGUAAUAUGUUUUGAUAUCAGUCGAAUACGUGGAAAUGUGUGCUGCUGGUCAGUUAAGAAUGAAAGCUUUAGAGAUAAAAUGUUUUGAUAUCAGUGGACUAUAUGGAAAUAUGUAUUGCUGAUCUGUUAGGAAUGAAAGCUUCAGGGAGAAUCAUGCAAAUGGUACAUAAUUAUGAUCUAUGUAAUGAUGGAGAAUGAAUGUCAUAGUUUGGAUAUGCAUUUGUGAACCUUGUUAAUUUAAAACUUUUUAGUAUUAAAUAUUGGUGUGAAAGGAAAGGAUGGUUAUGUUCUAAGCUAGUAUAUACAAUGGUGUCUGGAUUAUUUACUGGUCUGUGUUUCAUAAAUCCCAUGUAUAUAUUGUAAAUAAAUCACUACUGUGUAUAA